AUGCUGUCCUGCUUUUCUAGGUCCAUGAUAGAACGUGGGGGAUGGGUUUACCUACCUCUUGGGGAUCUCCCUCGUCCUGACCGGAGACAAAAUUACCCAGAAGGGAAGAAUGGUAUCAAUCUCUCGUUCUUCAUCCACGGCCGAGGCUCGUUCCUUCAAAAAGCACUACUUGGCUUUUACCGAACAGUCCUUUUCCAGCUUCUUGACCAUCUAUCAAGCCACGAAAAGAAACCCGAAGCAUUGUCGAAGCUUGAGGAGUCCUUUAAACGCCAGUGCGACUCUAGGGGUCCUCUGGGGAAAAGCUGGCAUUGGGAGACGGCCCAACUAGCGAAAGAGUUCCAGCUCGCACUUCGCGAAGUCGAGAAGAACGGCCCAGUCUAUCUGUAUGUUGACGCACUAGAUGAAUGCGGGGAAGAAGAAGCCAAACGCUUCGCAGCGACUAUUGAGAAAAUAAUAGAAGCCUUUGCAGACGGCAAGCUUCACAUCUGCUUCAGCUGCCGACAUUAUCCACCUUUGAUGUUGGAAGAUUUGUCAGAUAUGCACAUCGGCGGAUACGUACACUCCCAACUUAAUCCCUUUGCCAUGCCAGAGAUUGCCGACAAGAUCAUCAGUCUUUCUGUUGGUAACUUCAUGUGGACACACCUGGUGGUGGAGACACUCCCAGGUCUGGGAGAGCUGUACGGAGACCUCCUUCAAGCUAUGCUCGGCGAUGAGAAUUCGCUACGGUUGGUUCAAUGGAUCUGCUUCGCUGAUAGACCACUGAGCCUCGAAGAACUACGAUGGGCGAUGUUCGUUGAGGCUCAUCCAGAAGCCAAGUCGCUAGGAGAAUGCCGAGUUGCUCCUGAUUUUCCGUGCGAUUGCGCCAAUCAGUGUGAUUGCGAUGUGAUAGAAAGGAGAGUCAAAGGUCUGAGUCGUGGCCUCAUCGAGGUUACACACGCUGCCAUUACAGAUUCUGGCAGCAACCGCACUGCGCAAUUCAUCCACGGGUCCGUCCAGGAAUUCUUUCUCGAUAAAGGUGCCUUCCUGAGGUUACACCACAGCAUAUCAAGCUCCCGCAGCCUUGACCACGUGAAAUCAAAAGCGCGCAACUCGAUUACCCAGACUUGUAUCAGGUACUGCAGAAUGAAGGAGAUCAGGCAAGCUAUUGCUAAGUUUGAAACCAACAGUGCGGCAGGUUUGGCUCUCGCUGCUGGGCCUUUACAAAGGGGCUUCCCUUUUCUGCAUUAUGCGGUGAUGACAUGGGCCCAGCACGAGAAUGAAUCAUCCCCGGCCGCGUAUUUCCAUUGGCGAAAGGAUUCUGAACUCCUGGAUUCGCUUUUACGUGUGUUUCCCGAUGUUAGCGAGCAGCAUGCUGUGAAGCGAAAGCGCUCGCAAUGGUCGUUCGACAAAGUCCAUCUCGCGACCAAACCAUAGACAAUUCGGGUAGGUACUAAUUUUUGGUUCAAUUUCAAUCAAUCGUUGUACAUGC